CCGCCAGCCCCCCCGCCGGCAGCCCCCAUGCAGCUGCUGCUGCUGCUCGGUGCCCUGCUGCCGGCUCAGGCGCGCUACGACCCCACCUGGGAGUCCCUGGACGCCCGCGCGGUGCCCGCCUGGUUUGACGAGCUCAAGUUCGGCGUCUUCAUCCACUGGGGCGUCUUCUCGGUGCCCAGCUUCGGCAGCGAGUGGUUCUGGUGGUAUUGGCAGAAAGAAAGGAGAAAGCCCUAUGUAAAAUUUAUGGAGGAUAAUUACCCUCCUGGGUUCAGGUAUGAAGAUUUUGGCCCGUUGUUUACAGCAGAGUUCUUUGAUCCCAACCGCUGGGCAGAUAUUCUGAAAGCUUCCGGUGCAAAAUACGUUGUCUUGACUUCAAAACAUCAUGAAGGUUUUACUUUGUGGGGAUCAAAAUAUUCUUGGAACUGGAAUGCUGUAGAUGUUGGACCUAAAAGGGACAUCGUGGCUGAGCUAGCAGCAUCUAUUAGAAACAGGACAGACUUGCGCUUUGGGCUGUAUCACUCUCUGUUUGAAUGGUUCAAUCCCCUUUUCCUGGAUGAUGCCUCCAAUGCGUUCAAGACGAGAACAUUUCCAACUUCUAAGUCACUGCCUGAGCUCUAUGAGAUUGUGACCAAAUACCAGCCAGAGAUCCUUUGGUCAGAUGGGGAUGGUAAUGCACCAGAUACUUACUGGAACAGCACUGGUUUCCUAGCCUGGUUGUACAAUGACAGCCCAGUUCGGGAUACAGUGGUAACAAAUGAUCGCUGGGGAGCAGGCAGCAUUUGUAAGCAUGGUGGAUACUACACCUGUAGUGACCGCUACAACCCAGGGCACCUUCUGCCUCACAAAUGGGAGAACUGUAUGACCAUAGACAAGUGGUCAUGGGGUUACAGGAGGAAUGCGCAGCUAAGUGAUUACUUAACAAUUGAAGAAUUGGUGAAGGAACUUGUAGAAACGGUAUCAUGUGGAGGAAAUCUCCUGAUGAAUAUUGGGCCAACUCAUGAUGGUUGCAUUGUUGCAAUAUUUGAAGAACGCCUAAGGCAGAUGGGUGCCUGGCUGAAGGUCAAUGGAGAAGCCAUUUAUGAAACUAAACCAUGGAGGGCUCAAAAUGACACCUCCACACCAGGAGUCUGGUAUACAUUUAAACCCAAAGAAGCCGUUGUGUAUGCCAUUUUCCUUAACUGGCCUGUCUCGGGGACUCUGAUACUUGGUGAGCCAAAAACCACUCUUGGAAGAACACAGGUGAAGUUGAUUGGAUAUAAGGAACCACUGAAGUGGAUUUCACUAGGAGAAGAGGGAAUGAUAGUGGCUGUACCUCAGUUAACCCUUAGUCAAUUACCAUGCCAAUGGGGGUGGACUCUGCAACUGACUAAUGUUAACUGAACAAGAUAUACAGAGAUUGAAAGUUGUAGACUUUCCCCGCCCCCCAGAAAUCCUUAAUUCAAGCAUAGUUAGGAGUACUUCAUAUUUUUAAUUAAGAGUCUAGGUAUUGAAUUUUGUAAACAGAGCUGAAAUCAGGAUUGAUGGGUGCAAGUUUAAUGCAGAGUUGUGGUUUCAAGUUAGUAGGAUGAGAACUUGGCCCUUCUGUUCUAUCUUCCCUGGUGUUAAAAGAUGGGGUGAAUUUACAUUGGGCUUUAUUUGAAACCUGAUACUGGAUUUCUGACUUACAGUGGGCUUCAGUUCAACACUGAGGGUGAAAAAAACGUGCACUAAUCACAGCAUCUACCUCAAUCUCUCCACACUGGCCAGUAAAACUACUUUUUUUGCAGUUCUUGCCAAAAUCCUAUGUGAACAAAUGGAAUACUAACCCCUUCUCAUGACUUGGAGCUCAUUUUUUAAACAAGUGAAUGAUAAAGGCUGAGCUAAAUUUUGCAUUCAUACAUUGAUCAGAGCAGUGUGUUCAUGAGAACUCAACUCUACCAAUCUCUCUCUCUUGCUUUUAACUUUGUGCACUUUUGGUUCUAUAAAGAUCAUUUAAGAUUUUUUUAAAGCAGGAAAAUAAAUGAUUUUGUCAAAAAGCAUCCUUUUAACUGUUCCUGCAAAGGGUAUGAAAAAUAUAGAGGUUAAUAUUUUAACCCUUUUUCAUUGGCAUCCUUGUCUCUCCCAACAAUUACUUUAGACUCUUAGAACAUCAACAGAUCUAAAUUUAAGUUGGUGGGGUUUUUUGUCACUUCUUUCCUUCCCAGUGUAUGAAACUUUCUGCCUGUGACCCAUUUCUCUCUCCUCCAUACUCAUAAUAAAGGAAAUAUAAAGACCUGAUCACUGGCAGAAAAAUCUUACCUGGUGCAUCCACAGCAGUUAGAAAGCAGAUGUAACAUCAUGUCUACUGGCACAACUGCUUGGAUAACCAAACUAGCUCUAGUACUGAAAGCGGUAUGCUUGCAUUAGCAUAGUGCUCCACCUACACUAACCGACCUUGCUGACACAGUUCUGCCCACCUCAAUAUAGUAAUACUGUUCCCAUUACAGAGCUAACUUACCAGUUGAUGCAAGGCUUUGGACAGUCUUUGUCCUUUGCCUGAGCUCUUCUUGCUCAGGUAUAUAAUAUACAUGUCUAGUCAGGGGCUCAGUUGCAGAAUAUAUAGGCUAUACUUACAGUCUUUAAAAGACUCAGAACCCACUUCACAACUUGUGAUUUAAGUUACAGAAGACUUCAGUACCACAUGUUUAUCUUCACUUUUGGAGCUAUGGGGAAGUCAGCACAUGUACCAUGCUUCUAUUUUCAUCACUAAGUUUCAUAGCAUUUUCUUUCUUAAGACCCUAGUUCUGCAAAGCCUUGUGCUCCUUUCCAACUUCAGGUGCUGCACGUAGUUGUAUUGAUUUCAAGAACAUUACCAGUAUAUGCUCAAGUCUCAAGGACUGGGGCCUUAGUCAUGACUGGUGGUACUAGACUAGAAGACUCAUGUAUCAGUUAGCAUUCAAAUUCCUGUAAGGUCAGAGUGUUUUAAAUAAAAUCUUUUCUAAGCAA